AUGCAGUCGGGGCAGAAAACGAGACGUGAUCCGGAACAGCCCUCCAAAGAGGUAAGUCGCUAUGCAAAAAAGUUCCAAUCCCGAGACAUAUCCUUCUGUGGCGUCAUAUUUCGUUGCUGGAAUGUAUUCAAGCCAAAUAUAACAGGGUCGCCGCCUCAUGACUGGGAAGCUUCAAAUGGUACCAGUCAUGGUAAACAUGGACUGUGUACAUGUACUCUCCCUUCCGCACCCCCGCGAUUGGCUAAGCUUCCUCCGUUGUUCGGAUUCGAAAGUAUCGAGCAGUUUGAAAACUAA